AUAUCGACCCAGAAACAGACCCUCGGCCUCAGUCCGUUCACAUUUUCAGUCCCAUCUCAUGAAUUUCUCUGCCGCUGCGACAACAAAUGAAAGAAACGAGUUAAAAUCAUCCAUCACAGAAGAUCAAGUUUCAAGACGAACGGGGUUUCAAGACGAUCAUAAUCAUGUCGUGAUACAAGUUAUAAAUUCCGAAUGAGAAACCGAUUUCAUGAGGAUAGUUGGUGGAGGAGGAAUUACUACUGUUGGAAGGCUAAAACGAAGGUCUAAAAUGAUGAUAAUUCAUAAUUCUGAUAGUGUCGGUGGUCUUUUAUUUCGACGGACACUGACAUUGAUACUGUUUUUUGCGUUCGUCGGAGUUCCUAGUUUGUAUCUUUAUUCAGCAGUCUAUCAUCCUUUUGACUUUCAUUCUUCGUCAAAUAAUCUUCUCACUGGUUCUGCUUUCUCUUACAACAUCAAUCAUUCUGAGGAUAGUGACGAAGUUAGGUUGGAAAGAGUUUUAAAAGAGGCAUCAAUGGGUCAAAGAACUGUAAUCUUAACUACGUUAAAUGAAGCAUGGGCAGCUCCAGGUUCUAUUUUUGAUCUCUUUCUGGAGAGCUUCAGGAUAGGAGAUAACACUAGUAAACUUUUGAAUCAUUUGGUGAUUAUAGCUUUGGACCAAAAGGCAUAUAGUCGUUGCUUGGCUGUUCAUAGCCACUGCUUUCCUCUUUCUACCCAAGGAGUUGAUUUCUCUAAGGAGGCUUAUUUUAUGACCCCCGACUAUCUGAAGAUGAUGUGGAGACGAAUAGCAUUUUUAUUGUCUGUUCUUGAGAUGGGAUACAACUUCAUUUUCACGGAUGCUGAUAUCAUGUGGUUCCGGGACCCGUUUCCACGAUUUUAUCCAGAUGCAGAUUUCCAGAUCGCAUGUGAUCUCUUCUUCGGCAGUUCUUACGACCUACAGAACCGACCAAAUGGUGGGUUUAACUAUGUUAAGUCCAAUAACCGAACAAUAGAAUUCUACAAGUUUUGGUACUCCUCAAGAGAUAUCCAUCCAGGAUACCAUGACCAGGAUGUGCUUAAUAUGAUCAAAUUUGAUCCAUUUAUUAUGGAGAUCGGACUGAAAAUGAGGUUCUUAAAUACUGCUUACUUUGGCGGGUUUUGUGAGUCAAGCAAAGAUUUAAAUCAAGUAUGUACCAUGCAUGCAAAUUGUUGCUUGGGUUUGGAUAAUAAGGUUCACGAUUUGAAGAUCAUGCUCGAUGAUUGGAGAAAGUUUUUGUCUUUGCCUCAAACUCUGAAGAGAUCAAAUCAAUCUGCUUGGCGGGUACCGCAAAAUUGCAGCCUUGCAUCUCUCCACACGAAUAACUUGCCGAUGGAGAAUGUAGAAGAAGGAGUAGUAGUAGAAAUAGGAGACACACAAAACUAAAUCCAUAUAGGUAUGGUAUGUGGCCAUUUAAAUGGAUGCCUUUUAACAUUUUCUCUGGUCAGUAGGUGUUUGGUUGAUACAUUUCCAUGUGCUCGAAACAACAUAUCAUUAGUUAUAAUCAUUUCAUUCCAUAAAUUUUUUGCGAAACCUAAGAUGGAAAGAUUUGCACAUUUUUUGUAUAGAUUAAACUGAACUGUGAUCAUUCAGUUAUUAAAUGUGAUCUAACUAGAGCAGUGGCGUGUAGACCACCAGUUGAGCAUUACUGUAAAUCAGGGUGCCACGGGUUAACAUUGGUUUUGUAUUGUAAAGCCUGUGACACUAUCUUUGGGAAUUUUCCCACAUUUGCUAGCCUAUUUCUCUUGGUUAA